AUGGCGACGCCCGUCCCUCCUCCCUCUCCGCCGCACCUGCGGCUGCUGCGACUGCUGCUCUCGGGAUUCAUCCUCGGUGCGGCCCUGCGCGGGACUGCCGCUGGCCGCCCGGAUGCAGCCGUCUGCCCGGGGAGCCUGGACUGUGCCCUGCGGAGACGGACACGGUGCCCUCCAGGCGCACACGUCUGCGGGCCCUGCCUUCAGCCCUUCCAGGAGGAUCAGCAAGGACUCUGCGUGCCCAGGACACGCCGGCCCCCAGGGGGAGGCUCCUUGCAGGCCAGACUGGAAGAUGAGAUCGACAUCCUAGCCCAGGAGCUAGCUCGGCAGGAGGCAGGACACACCUUCCAGGACCAGCCCCAGGCCGCAGCCCCACAGUCCCUGGAGCCUGCCGUUCUGGGGCUCUCUGAGCGGGGCCAAGGACAGGGGCUGGGCCUCCCCUUCCUCCGUGGAGCCCCUUCGCCCUCACCCCACACCUCCCUGGGUGUCCCAGUGUCAGAGGGACCUGUACACGUGUCCCCCCUGGAGCCCCACAGCAGGCGUGGGGAUGGCCUCAUCCUCGUGCUGAUCGUGGCCUGCUCGCUGGCUGGCAUGACCGCCCUCACCAUGGCUGCCCUCUGCUGGUGCAGGCUGCAGCGAGAAAUUCACCUGAGCCGGAAGACCGACUACUCGCAGAAGGGGCCUUGCUCCCCCGCUGCACCCCGGAUCUCGCCUGGCGACCAGAGGCUGGCACACAGCGCCGAAAUGUACCACUAUCAGCACCAGAGGCAGCAGAUGCUCUGCCUGGAGCGGCAUAAAGAACCACCCAAGGACCUGGACUCAGCCCCCUCGGAUGAGGAGAAUGAAGAUGGAGACUUCACAGUAUACGAGUGCCCGGGCCUGGCACCGACUGGGGAGAUGGAAGUGCGGAACCCACUGUUCCAUGACUCUGCGCUGCCUGCACCCCCGCUGGUCUCCUGCUCACCACCCCCGCUGCAGUGA